GGCUCAAGCUUUGCGAACCCAGCGCCGCCAUGGCCUCUCCCGCUGCCUGGCCCGCGGUGGCCAUCGACCUCAGGGCCGCGGUGGCCACCGAGGAGCCGCAGCUGGGCGUGGUGCCAGCCUGGGCACGCCGGCAGACAGUGGAGCACCACGUGCUCGGAACGCAGCUGCUCGCCUGGCUGAAGACCCCACAGAGCCACAAGCGCAGGGUCUACAACCAGGUGAAGCAGCUUCUGCACAGCGCGCGGGGCGACGUGCACCGGCGGCGCUACUCCGGCUCCUGGCUGCGACUCGGCGCCGCGGAGUUCUGCGCCCUGACAGGGCGGACCACCACGCCCCGCGAGGACCGCCUGCGCCUGCUGCUGGCGACCCGCGCCGCCCGCAGCCGUCGCGAGCAGACGGCCACGCUGGCGCGGCAGCUCAUGGACGCACAGGAGGCGGCCGCCGCGCGGCGCGAGGCGCUGCUGCAGCGUCUCCGCGAGGAGAUGCGCGGCUGCCUGCCCAUGCUGUCAGCCGCGGCCGGGGUGGCCCGCGAGGUGCGCGCAGGGCUGCCCGCCGAGGUGGCCUGCCGGCUGCGGCUGCCGCUGCCCGACGUGGUGUGGCUGGCUGGCCGCUGGCCCGCGCCCGCGGACGUGGCCUGGGACGCGCUGUGCGACCCGGAGCGGCUCCGCAGGCAGCUGCAGGGCGCGGCCGAGGGGUCGCUCAGGCGCGUCUACCACGACCCGGAAGAGCACGAGUCCGGGCUCGUGCGCGGUCUGGAGGCGGCCGACCCGCUGGAGCUGGUCUGGAGCUCCACCGGCUUCCAAUACUGGCUGCGGGCGGAGCUCUCCGACGACUAG